ACAGAAAGAGAAAAGGGAAAAAAAAAAGGAAAGACAUUGUCAACACACAAAUCUUAUAUACUCGGCAAAAAACUAGCCUUCCUAUUUCUUUCUCUUCCAGCUUUUUCUUUGCUUUCUUCCUUCUUCUUCUUCAAAACGCGGAUUCACUAUAUAGAAUAUACCUAUAUUUCCUCUUUUGCUUCAAUUAAUUAUCCACAGAAUUUUUGUACAAAUAAAUAAAUACCCAUGUCGUUCUUGGUUUAAAUUCAUACAUUUGUUGAUAAAAAUUGAAUCUUGGAGUUUUUUUUACAGUUUUUUUCCUUACACCCAUAUGAAAUCUCUGUGAAAUAUUGCACAAAUACGAUCAAGAAACCAUUUCUUCUUAGAAAAUAAUAUAAGGGUUAGAGAAUCUUGGAGUUGAUUUUCAAGAUUUUGGUGUUGUAGAAUUGAUGGCAUCAGCUGCAAUUUUCUCAUCGUUGAGGAGACAAAGGUCGCCGUCACUGGAAGCGUUCUUGGCGCCGGUGGAUCUAACAGAAGUGGGGUUGUUGCAAACUCUAACGGCGUUAUCUUCUGAGCUGAUUUCUUCAUUUUCAGGUAAAAGGGUGCCCUUUUAUCAGCAAAAGAAUUGUAAAUCCUUGCUUAGGAAAAUUCAAGCCUUUUCUGUACUUUUAGAUUGUCUUGUUGAGAACAGUGACAAUAACAGAAGUGGUAGGGGGGGUUCUUCAGAUUUGCCGUUUACAGCUUUUUUAUGCUUCAAGGAGUUGUAUUUAUUGCUUUACCGCUCGAAAAUCUUGCUUGAUUAUUGCUCCCAAUCCAGUAAGUUAUGGCUGUUGCUUCAAAACCAUUCGAUUUCGGGUCAUUUCCAUGAUUUGAACCAAGAAAUCUCGACCCUUUUGGAUGUUUUCCCCUUAAAGGAAUUGACUUUACCUGAAGAUGUUAUGGAACAGGUUGAGUUGUUGCAGAAACAAGCAAGAAAAUCUAUGUUGUUUGUUGAUAAACAUGAUGAGAUGUUGAGGUUGAAGCUGUUCUCUUUCUUGAAUGAGUUUGAGAAUGGAGGUAUUCCUGGCUCUGCUCAGUUGUACUCUUUUUUUGUGGACAAAUUGGUGAUUUGUAAUCCCAGGAGUUGUAGGGUUGAGAUUGAAUUUUUGGAGGAGCAGAUUGUGAACCAUGAAGGAGAUAUUGAGCCCACAGCCUCAGUGCUCAAUGGGUUUGUGGCGUUGAUACGAUACUGCAGGUUUUUGCUAUUUGGCUUCGAAGAGGAUGAUGUGGGAUUGGGAGUUGGUAAGCAUAAGAAGCAGAAGAAAGGGCUGAUUAGUCAAGAGAUUGCGGACACAUUCAUUUCUGUACCAAAGGACUUUUGUUGUCCGAUAUCGUUGGAUUUGAUGAGGGAUCCGGUAAUUGUGUCAACAGGGCAGACAUAUGAUAGAGCUUCCAUAUCGAGGUGGAUGGAGGAGGGUCAUUGUACUUGCCCAAAGACAGGGCAGUUGCUUGAUCAUACUCGGCUUGUCCCAAAUAGGGCACUUAGGAAUUUGAUUAUGCAGUGGUGUGCUGCUCAUAAAAUUCCUUAUGAUAAUAUGGAGGGUGGGGAUCCAUGUGUUGAAAGUUUUGGAGCUGCUUCACCUAGCAAGGCCGCAGUAGAAGCUAAUAGAGCCACGACAGCUCUUCUCAUUAAGCAGCUAGCGAAUGGGACACAGAUUGCAAAAACUAUUGCUGCUCGGGAGAUAAGGCUCUUAGCUAAAACUGGUAAGGAAAACCGUGCUUACAUAGCUGAGGCUGGGGCGAUCCCGCAUUUAAAGAAUUUGCUUUCAUCUCCAGAUGCUGUGGCACAAGAAAAUUCUGUCACUGCAAUGCUGAACUUAUCGAUUUUUGAUAAAAAUAAAGGCCGAAUUAUGGACGAAGUAGGGUGUCUAACGUUGGUAGUAGGAGUUUUGAUAUUUGGGCACACCACGGAGGCGCGGGAAAAUGCUGCAGCAACAUUGUUCAGUCUGUCUGCUGUUCAUGACUACAAGAAGCAAAUAGCAAAAGAAGAUGGGGCAGUCGAGGCCUUAGCAGGUCUGCUGCGAGAAGGUUCUCCGAGAGGGAAGAAGGAUGCAGUAACUGCUCUCUUUAAUUUAUCUACCCACACUGAAAAUUGUGCAAGGAUGAUAGAGUCGGGAGCUAUUACUGCUCUAGUUGGAGCAUUGGGAAGUGAAGGUGUUGCCGAAGAAGCUGCUGGUGCAUUAGCGCUGAUUGUUAGGCAGCCGAUUGGCGCUGCAGCUGUUGGCAAUGAGGAAAUGGCAGUAGCAGGACUUAUUGGGAUGAUGCGAUGCGGGACACCUAGAGGGAAAGAGAAUGCAGUUGCUGCGUUGCUUGAAUUAUGCCGUGGUGGUGGAGCUGCUGCUACAGAGAGGGUCUUGAAGGCUCCAGCAUUAGCAAGUUUACUUCAGACAUUGCUCUUUACAGGAACGAAGCGCGCAAGGAGAAAAGCAGCAUCGCUUGCUAGAGUAUUUCAACGGUGUGAGCAUGCAUCAAUGCAUUAUGGCGGGUUAGGUGUAGGAUAUGCUUUUGCUGGAAACUCAGCUACAGUUAGGGAUUCAACUUUUGCUGGUGAUGUCUCAGUUUCCAUGUCCAUUUCAGUACCAGUGUUAUAGGGCGGUAUUACCAGUGUUCUUAUCGCCAUUCAUCUUCUGUUUCUUAGUUUUACCUGUAAUAUCCAAAAAUUCUUUCAUUGAAAAUAUAAACGCGACAAAGGAAAGAAAAAUCAUAGGAAUACCAUAAAAUUCAUGUGUUCUUGUAGAAUUAUGUGUUUCAAGUCUCUUAAUUACGCGUAUUUGGCUUAUCAGAAAUGUCAGUGAAUACUAAUAGGUCUGUUGAAUCAA